CGAUCUUGCAGCUUCGAGGGUCGAUAUUCCUUCAACGCCCGGCUUUUACUCGACUAUAUCACGAUGAGAAUGUCCGCAGGAGCUAUGACAUUACAUGACCCCAGGCAUCAUGGAGUUAACACGGCGACCGACUCGUCACUCACGAUGACAUGUCAGACACACCACAGUAGUGCUUACCUUCGCUCUCCCCGCAGCACAUGCUUAUAACUUGCACUCCAACCCCUCAAUCUAGCAGCUACCAAGAUCCGUACUCGCAAUGCAUAUCAUCCUCACUGGCGCAACCGGCCUCGUUGGGGCAUCGGUCCUCAACAACAUGCUCGCCCAAGAGAGCAUUAGCCGUAUUUCGAUCCUCAGCCGGCGUCCCGUCGCGAUGGCAGAAGGACACGACAAGGCAAAAGUCAUCAUCCACAAGGAUUACAAGACAUACGAGAGCACGUUGUUAGAGGAGUUGAAAGAUGCGCAGGGAUGCGUGUGGGCACAGGGCGUCUCGCAGAACAGCGUGGACAAGGAGAAAUACGUCGAAAUAACACACGACUACCCUAUCGCAGCCGCACACGCGUUUUCCACGCUCCACCCUGACUCGCCCUUCACAUUCGUCUACAUCUCCGGCGAAGGCGCUACGCAAUCGCCCGGCAUGUUCACCCCCAUCUUCGGCCGCGUGAAGGGCCAGGUCGAGACUGCACUUCUCGAGUUCCACAAACAGAACCCCUUGUUCAAGCUCUACAAUGUGCGACUGGGCGCCGUGGACUGGCGGAACCAGCCGGCGAUUCAUCCGUUCAUUCCCAAGCAGGCGACGUACAAGGGCGUGCUCCUGGCACCGCUGACUUUCGCGUACAAGAGCUUGAUGACACCGACGGAGCCAAUGGGUAAGAUUCUGACUGAAUUGGCUAUGUCGAAGGGAGAGCCACUGGAAGGAAGUAAUUUAGGCAUGGAUGGGAGGCUGGUAACAAAUUUGGCCAUCAGGAGAAUGGCUGAACUAUAAGCAUGACGAGUAGCAUAGUCUUUUUGUCUUUGGGUUGUUGAAUAUACACGGCAUUGAUCUAGCGUCCUGGCUCUCAACGCGAACCUACAAAUAUAUACCUCCACAUCGCUCUCGUCUUUCAUGUCAGACGGGCUGCUGCUGAUGCUGC